UAAGAGCUCAGAACGUUCGGUAUCAAGUCAGAAACACGCUCGCGUCUGGGGACAAAGUGAUAGGGUUGGGUUUGUUUUGUGGCUCUUGAGCCCCCUCCAAAAGUCCAUUGGAGAAGGGUUUCUCCUACCAGCAGGCGCUGAGUGCUCGGGAGAUCGGUUUCUUGGGACAGUCCCCUGCCCUCUGCCAGGGUUAUUUCUCCCCAUAGUUCUGGUAGAAAAUGAUGCAGGAAGAAUCGAGCUCCCCAGUCUCCCCAGUGGACAGCUUGAGCAACAGCGAGGAAGAGCUUGACAGGCAGCAGGGUAAGAGGGGAUGCAGAAAGAGGAGACCCAGUAGGAAGAACCCUGAGGAUCCAGACAGCCCAACCUCCGUGAAGAGAAACAAGAAAGCCAGCAGCACAGGCAGCAGCCCCCAGUCCUUUGAGGAACUUCAGACCCAGAGAGUCAUGGCUAAUGUGAGGGAGAGGCAGAGGACCCAGUCCCUCAACGAAGCCUUCGCAGCUCUGAGAAAAAUCAUCCCCACCCUCCCAUCAGAUAAACUGAGUAAAAUCCAAACCCUCAAACUGGCAUCCAGAUACAUCGAUUUCCUGUGCCAGGUUUUACAGAGCGAUGAGCUGGACUCCAAAAUGGCAAGCUGCAGUUAUGUGGCCCACGAACGGUUAAGCUAUGCCUUCUCAGUGUGGAGAAUGGAGGGAGCAUGGUCCAUGUCUGCAUCCCACUAAAGCAAUGCCACUGUGGGCACCACUCUAAAGGCACACUCAGAUGUUACUGUUUCCAGUAAAGAAGGAAAUGGAUUAUAUGUAGAGACUGAAGUUGGAUACCUAUAUAAAAAAAAAAAGAUAUGAGCUAAAGUAAUGCACCCCUGGAUUUUCUUACAUUGGGAGAGAUGGGAAAGCCAGGGCGUGGAGAAGCACUUAUAUUGAGUUAAAGUAGAGGCCUGGUACACUGAGCAUUUUACACAGGAAGGCUACAGGCUCCACAAAUCUAUUCCAUUCUGAUCCAAGUCUGAACAAUCUCUAAUCUGUACUUUGACGAAGAAUGUUGGAGAUUCAUUUUUACCAUUCAAAUUUUUUUUAUUCAUUUUUUUUUUUAACUUGCAUGCAAGCCCACCAGUCGUGCCUUUGAAGCCACUUAAGAGGAACAUUUUAUUUUGAGGCUUCCAGGACCUAGUGCAGACCCACAUUUUUUUUUUUUUAUAGGAAAUGAAAAAAACAAAACAAAAAACGAACUAUUUUUGUUAUUUGAAACUUGUUUUUUUUAUUAUUAUUUUUAAAAACUGUUUAUAUACAAGCGGCUACAUCUCUCUAUUCUUCCUGAGAACAAAGUAAAACAUUUUAUUUAUUUAUUGACCCAUGUUUAAAAAAAAAAAAAUGCAACUAGAUCCGGUGUCUAACUGCAUUCAUAUUUUUAUGGUUGUUUUGUAAAUAUCAAUGCAUAUUAUUUUUCUGCAAUAAAUAAAUGUUUGAAGAAA